AUGGUCGCCUCGGUCGCAGUGAUCCAAGGCGCAGGCGGAUCAAUCGGCUCCCACCUGGCCCGUCACCUCCUCACCCGUUCCUCCCUCUCAAUCGUCGGCACCUCGCGCGACCCCUCGUCCGCCAAACGCGCGAUCCUCUCCGGCCUCGACGGGCAAGACGUGGAUGAGAGCAGGUUGAAGGUGUUUGAGGUGGAUGUUAGGGAGGAGGAGACUAUUCGCAAGGCGGCACAGGAGGUAGAGAAGGAGUUUGGGAAGAAGAGCCUGAGGUUGCUCAUCAACGCCAGCGGUGUCUUGCACGCCGACAAGUCCAUCCGCGAAAUCGACUCGCAACACCUCCUCGACUCGUUCCACCUAAACACCUUCGGCCACCUCCUCACCUUCAAACACUUCUACCCUCUCCUCCCCCAAAAGAACGACAUCCGGAACUCGUCCUCCUCGUCCUCAGCCUCGCCGGAGGAAGACCCAGCGAACGGAGUCGUCCAGCCUGGAUUGGGCGUCCUCGCGAGUUUGACGGCGAGGAUUGGGUCGAUCGGGGAUAACCAGAAGGGAGGGUGGUACGCUUACCGCGCUUCCAAAGCAGCCACGAACCAAGUGAUCGCGACGUUGCAGCGGGAACUCUCUCUCCGCUCCACUCCCUCCAUCGCAGUCGCCCUUCACCCCGGAACGGUCGUCGGGACGAAUUUGUCGAAGCCUUGGACCCGCGAGGAAGAUGCGGGCAAGAAGGAGGGAGUGCACAGGGCGGAGGAGGCCACGGGAAAGUUGUUGGAUGUCAUCAAGGGGUUGAGCGAGCAGGAUGGUGGGAGGUUCCUUGACUAUGCCGGCAAGGAGAUCCCUUGGUAG